CUCUCUGCGCCUGGCUCAGACUCCGGCGCGCACCAAGCGGGAACCCGCGCCCGAACCCGGGGGCCGCCGCUGCUGCUCCUCUCGGUCCCCGGUCCCCGGUCCCCGAACGCGCCGCAGCGAGGCUGCACCCGGCCGUGGAGCCGCUCGGAGCUGCUGGGCUUUGGCGGCCGCUCGCUGCUCCGUCUGGCCGAAGGACCGGCGGGGAAGGAAGGGGAAAGCGGGGACACACACACUCGCCGCGGCGCGCGCGCACUGCAUACUCGUAGCCGCGCGCCCCCGCCAAGGCGCGUCCGGAGCGAGUUUGGCCCCGCGGCUCCAGCCCCGGCACCUGCCCGCCCGCAGUGCUGCCCCCGGCCCCGGCCCCACCCGCCGCCCACUCCGUGCCGCUGUGCCUCCCGCCCCUCGCCCCUCGCCUGCACUGCUCUCCCUUCGCCGUGGGGAAGCGACAACGUCCCGAUAACUUGCAGACUGUGGCGCAACUGGUCUUGGUAGCGGAGGCACCCGAAUGCUGCCCGGGUGAGAUGAGGAAGCCAAGGCCCAGCAGAGCUGAGAUGUGACUGCAGAGCCGUCCCAACCCCAGUCCUCUGACCUUUCUCUGGUGCCUGAUACCUCUCAGCAUUUGAGGGCCUUUUCUCUUUCUGCUUCAUCUCCAAAGGUCCUUCUAGGAGACAGGUGAAAGAAACCUGGGAAAGAAAACGGUCUCAACAAUGAGUAGGCCACCCAUCACUACCAACUGCAGAUGACUUGCCAUUUCAUUUACAAAGAUGUCGUCUGCUGCUGAAAAUGGAGAGGCAGCACCUGGAAAACAAAAUGAAGAAAAAACCUAUAAAAAGACUGCAUCAUCUGCUAUUAAAGGUGCUAUUCAGCUGGGAAUAGGAUACACAGUGGGCAAUCUCACUUCCAAGCCAGAACGAGAUGUUCUUAUGCAAGACUUUUAUGUGGUGGAAAGUGUGUUCCUACCCAGCGAAGGGAGCAAUCUGACCCCAGCACAUCACUACCCAGACUUUAGAUUUAAGACAUACGCUCCAUUAGCAUUCCGAUAUUUCAGAGAACUUUUUGGUAUCAAGCCUGAUGAUUACUUGUAUUCCAUCUGCAGUGAACCUCUAAUAGAACUGUCUAACCCUGGAGCCAGUGGAUCCUUGUUUUUUGUGACCAGUGAUGACGAAUUUAUCAUCAAAACAGUUCAGCACAAAGAAGCUGAGUUUCUUCAGAAGCUCCUGCCGGGCUAUUAUAUGAAUUUAAACCAGAAUCCAAGGACUCUUUUGCCAAAAUUUUACGGGCUGUAUUGUAUGCAAUCAGGAGGCAUUAAUAUCAGGAUUGUGGUGAUGAACAACGUUUUGCCACGCUCCAUGAGAAUGCACUUUACAUAUGACUUGAAAGGCUCAACGUAUAAGCGAAGAGCAUCCCGUAAAGAGAGAGAGAAAUCCAACCCCACGUUUAAGGACUUAGACUUCCUACAAGACAUGCACGAAGGGUUGUAUUUUGAUACAGAAACAUACAAUGCGCUUAUGAAAACACUUCAGAGAGACUGCCGGGUACUGGAAAGCUUCAAGAUCAUGGACUAUAGCCUUCUGUUGGGAAUUCAUUUCCUGGACCAUUCCCUCAAAGAGAAAGAGGAGGAGACCUCACAAAAUGUGCCUGAUGCUAAGCGGCCUGGGAUGCAGAAGGUUCUCUACUCAACAGCCAUGGAAUCUAUCCAGGGUCCAGGGAAAUCUGGAGAUGGGAUAAUCACAGAGAACCCAGACACAAUGGGAGGCAUUCCAGCUAAAAGCCAUAGGGGAGAAAAGCUACUUUUAUUUAUGGGCAUUAUUGACAUUCUACAAUCGUAUAGGUUAAUGAAGAAGUUAGAACAUUCCUGGAAAGCUCUUGUUUAUGAUGGGGACACUGUUUCCGUUCAUAGACCAAGCUUUUAUGCAGACAGAUUUCUAAAGUUCAUGAAUUCCAGAGUUUUCAAGAAAAUUCAAGCUUUGAAGGCCUCACCUUCUAAGAAACGGUGCAAUUCCAUCGCCGCCUUAAAGGCAACUUCACAGGAGAUUGUGUCCUCAAUUAGCCAGGAAUGGAAGGAUGAGAAGCGAGAUUUGCUGACUGAAGGACAAAGUUUUAGCAGCCUUGAUGAAGAAGCCCUAGGAUCCCGACACAGGCCAGACCUGGUGCCUAGCACUCCAUCGCUGUUUGAAGCUGCUUCCUUGGCGACCACAAUUUCAUCUUCUUCCUUAUACGUCAAUGAGCACUAUCCACACGGCAGGCCUACACUCUAUUCAAACAGCAAAGGGUUACCUUCCAGUUCAACAUUUACCUUGGAAGAGGGGACCAUCUACUUGACCACUGAACCCAACACUCUGGAAGUGCAGGAUGACAAUGCUUCUGUGCUUGAUGUCUAUUUAUAAGUGAAAAUGGUGACCACCUUAAGCACAUGGAUGAGACGUGAGCACAGUUGUGGCAGAGAAGUUUCUCCGCACCAGAAUUAUCCACAGCAACUUGGCUGAGCCCCACUACACACAGAUAAAUCAUCAACCUGACUUAAGAGUUUUCGAGAUGUCAACUUCAGGCUGAUCAGCAGAUGGGAUGUGAAAAAUACUACCCUAUUCUAUCAUUUGCUGUUGCUUGCUGAACUGUGAAGAACUGCAUGAACUAUAUUUAAGCUGCUUUCUAUACCAUUGCCAAUCACCUUUUUGAACUUGGAAGUGCUAUUUUCCUAUGGACUUUUGCAUUAUUUCAUUGUGCAUGCAUCCAGUGAUUAUACAUAAGCAACAUAUGUAAUCUGCUUAUAUAUUUUUAAAAAUCCAUCCAUGCAAAUGGUAAAUAAAGUAUACAUUCUUUUGCAAAAUUAUAGCUCAUGUCAUUGAAAGUUUAAAUUGGUUUCAUUUAAAGAUCAAUAUACUAGGUCUGCCUAUACUUUAUAGAAAACUAGCUUCUAUAAAGAUUUUUUCACUGUUUACUAGUGAAAUGAGAAAAGCAAAGCUAUUUAUAAAAGGCCUUAUGUCGUGUACAUACAUCGUCUUUGAAAUAUUUGUGAUCUAGUUUAUUGCUUGUAAAAGAGAAAUUAUAUAAUUUAUUUAGUAAAUACUACUGUAAACUAUAGUUUUGUGAGAGAAAUAAAAUAUUUUGUUCUCAA